AUGACAGAUACUCCAAAUUCCCCACUGAAGAAUACAACAAAGUCUGCCAGUUCAUCGACUAAAGUUAUUGAUUCUUUACAUUCUAAAAUAGAUCAAUUAACUGAUGAAUUAACUGCGUUAAAACAAUCACAUCAAGAAUUGACGAAAAAACAUUCCAUUACUGCCAAAAAGAAUGAUUCCUUUGUUGAUCAAUUAGCUAAUGCUAAACAUGAAAAUGAUAUGUUAUCGGCAUUAUUGAAAAGAAAAGAACGUCGUAUUUUAGAUUUAGAAGAUCAAUUUAAUGAAUUAACUAGUCAAAAUGAAAGUUUGGUACUUAGCAAUAAAAAUAUGAAAAUUAGAUGUGAUAAUUUACAAUCCAAUUCUAAUGCUAAUAUUGCUGAAUUUGAAAGAUUAAAAAUUAGUUAUGACGCGUUAAUUGCUUCUCAAAUGGAAUAUAAAAAUCAUUAUCAACAAGAAUUAAAUAAUUUACAAAUUGCUUUUGAUAAUUAUAAAUUAGAAAACACUAAACGAUUUGAAGAAUUACAAACUUCUAUUGUUAAUAAUGAUAAAGAUAUCGAUACUUUAUUGGAUUCUUUAACCAAUAAACGGAAAGCUAUGGAUAAUAUUUAUGUCAAUAAAAACAACAAAGUAUUACAAUUAUUGGGUAAUUUAGCUCAUUUGGCAAAAUUACAUGGACAAGAUACUAAAUCUCAAGUUGAACAAAAUUUAAAUAUUAUAGAACAAUUAUUGGUUAAAUAUCCUGAUUUACAAGAAAAAAUAUUAGAAAAAGAAAAAAUUGAAAUUGAUUUGACUGAAAUUAUAGCUCAUAGUAAUGAUGUAUUAACCAAUAGUUCUUUUGAUGAAGAUACAACUUUAAUCAAUUCACCAGAUUUGGAAAAUAAUCAUAAUUUCAAUAAUCAUAACACUUCCGGUUCUGCUACUCCAAAUAAUAAUAAUCAUAAUAAUAAUAGUAAUAGCCAUUCUUUACAAUCGAAAAAGAGGAAAAACUAUAAACGUAAUUCUUUGAUUUUAAAAGAACUGCCACCUAUUAUACUGGAAAAUGUUCCAAGUUCUUUACCAAAAAAACCUCAAGUUAAUAAUAAUCUUAUCAACAUACCUAAAAGUAGAUCCAAAUUCAAUACUCCACCAACAACGCCUAGACAAACAACACCUAGACAAUUUACUAAUCAUAAUAAUGAUUUUGAAAUAACACAUCAAUGGAGUAGUAACAACAACAAUAACAACAACAAUAACAAUAACAACCAUCGCCGUAACAACAGUGUUGACUCUCGAUCAGAUAAUGGUCACCAUCCACAUCGUCGUAAUAAUAGCUAUGAUUCAAGACCAGAUCAUGGCCAACAACAUCGUCGUCAACCAAGUCAACAAAACAACAAUUAUAAUAAUAACAACUAUAACAACAACAACAACAACAACAAUAACAUUAAUAAUAAUAGUAAUGGUUUUGUUAAACGAAGUGGUUCUGUUAGAAAUGGUAAUAAUUAUAAUAACAAUAAUGGCAAUGGCAAUGGAAAUGGAAAUGGAAAUGCUAACAAUAAUGCCAACAAUCAUGGGAAUAAAUCUAAAAGAAGAUCUACCUAUAACAACAACAACAAUAACAAUAACAAUAGUAAAAGAAAUUCGCAACUUUUCGAUAAUAAUUUUGCAUUAAAUGUAUAG